UAGGGAAUAGGAUUCCAUUUAGGAUGUAUAGUAGUGCACUACUUAGGGAAUAGGAUUCCAUUUAGGAUGUAGCAUAUUUCACUGGUUUCCCAGAGAGUUCUGUUCCUAAAGUGUCCCCAGAGGUAGAUCCUCAUUCUUCCCUGACAUCACCUAACUGCUGGCAGCAUAACUGGCUCCUCUCUCCUGCCAAGCACCAGUUCUCCCUCAUGCAGUGGCCUCAUGAAAUAUCUCUCCUCUCUCAGCACUGCAAUGCAACAACACCGCCCCCUUUUGUGAUGUCACUGCUGACUCCACCAGUAGGGGCGUGUCCUGACACCAGAUCUUCCAUCCAGCUUAGACUAGGCUGCAGCUCUUGGGGGAGGAAAGCUUUGACACUGCAGCGUACAGAGAUAAUAAUGGGGAAUGCACAGGAUAAGCCCUCUGGAUCCGGGGGGGCUAAAACGGACCAGGCCACCCCAGGAUUCAGGAGGAGAAGCAGAGCCGGGAGUACGGAGAAGCCCAAGGCAGGGAAGGGUCCCCCAGAGAAGGGGUCGAUGGCCAACGGAGCCACCCAGGGGGACAGGAACCAGAGUAAGGACAUCCCAUCAGACACCAGCUAUCUGGACGCCCCCGCUGGAGCUCUGCCGCCCCACCUGGGCCGGCUCAAGAACGAGGGUAACCACCUCUUCAAAAAAGGACAGUUUGCAGAUGCUGUGGAGAAAUACUCUGCAGCCAUCGAUGGCUGCUGUGACGCAGGUAUAGAGAGUGGAGAGGACCUGUGUAUUCUCUACUCUAACAGAGCUGCUUGCUACCUGAAGGAUGGGAGCAACACAGAGUGUAUCAAGGACUGCACCAGGGCAUUGGAUCUUCAGCCCUUCUCCCUGAAGCCCCUCCUCCGCAGGGCCACAGCCUAUGAGUCAAUGGAACGUUACCGACAGGCCUACGUGGAUUUUAAGACUGUUCUGCAGAUAGACAUCGGGGUGCAGGCGGCACAUGACAGUGUCCACAGGAUCACCAAGCAGCUUAUUGAGCAGGACGGCCCUGACUGGAGACAGAAGCUUCCGGAGAUCCCUCUAGUCCCACUGUCAGCUCAGCAGCACCACAGGCAGAAAGACCCCAGCGCUGAGCUGGUCCAGGCUAGAGAAGCCAAAAAAGCAGAGGCUCGCUUUGCCUCUCUCAAAACAGAAGGAAAUGAGCAUGUGAGGAAAAGCCAGUUCCAUGACGGUCUAGAAAAGUACAGUGAAUGCCUUAAGAUCAAACCUGACGAGUGUUCCUGCUUUACCAACAGAGCCAUCUGUUAUCUGAGACUGGGUUGUUUUGAAGAGGCCAGACAGGACUGUGACUCCGCCUCAAGCUGGAACCAACCAAUAAGAAGGCCUUCUAUAGACGGGCGCUGGCGUUUUAAAGGCUUACAGGACUACCUGUCUUCCAGCAGUGACCUCCAGGAAGUGUUACAGCUGGACCCCAACGUCCACGAGGCUGAACAGGAGCUGGAGACUGUGACAGGGCUGCUCAGACAGAGCCUCAUGGACGGUGCCCAACUCACACCCAGG